UUCACAGUGAGGUCUCGCAUUGUGCCGAUGUACCACGUCUCCUCUUUGCGAAUCCACAAUGAGUUGAUGCUGCUGCUGUACUACGGACGUGAUUUAAGCUGUAUCUCAGUCGCUUCUGCAUCUGAACUGCAACCAUAAAUCAACCUAACAGAGGAAAAAAAGGACAUUGCAUUCCAAUCACAUAUUCACUUUCCCUCCUUUGCGUGGAAAGAGCAAGGAGAGAUAGAGAAAGACAGAAUUCAACACAGGAGAUGAUGCUCAAAACGGAGACAUCCAGCAAGCUUUAAAGCUUUAAACUUGGAAGCUACUGAAAUCCAUUAGGAAAAGAGUGCAUGUCUCCCUCCAGUCUAAAACCUCCGGAGCACCUGUCUCUACAUCCAUCCUGGCACAGGAGAUGUAAAGUUGGAGCCCACUGAAAAAAACCCAGAUGCAGUGAAGUGGCACUCAGCUGCAACUGCAUCAGGUCUUGGAGGAAGGAUGCUGUGGGUAACCCUGCUAAGCACAAUAGCUUUAGGGUGGACUACGCCGAUCCCCUUGCUGGACGAGUCUGAGGAAAUAGACGAGCCCUGCUUCGACCCUUGCUACUGUGAAGUCAAGGAGAGCAUUUUUCAUGUGCAUUGCGACAGCAAAGGAUUUAUAAAUGUCAGCCAGAUUUCCCAAUCAUGGACAAGGCCCUUUACGCUCAAUUUGCAGAGGAACUCCAUGCGCAAGUUGUAUUUUAACAGUUUUUUGCACCUCAACAAUGCUGUGUCACUCAAUUUGGGGAACAAUGCACUGCAGGACAUUCAUGCUGGUGCAUUCAAUGGGCUGUGUAUUUUGAAAAAGCUCUUUCUACAUGAGAACAAGCUGGAGGUGUUCAGAAAUGACACUUUUCUUGGACUUGAGAGCCUUGAAUACCUUCAGGCUGAUUACAAUGUCAUAAAGAAAAUAGAAAGUGGUGCUUUUCGAAACCUGCACAAACUCAGAGUGCUUAUUUUGAAUGACAAUUUGAUACCCAUGCUCCCCAAUUUUUUAUUCAGGUCUGUAUCAUUAACGCAUCUUGAUUUGCGUGGCAAUCGGCUAAAGACUCUUACAUAUAAGGGGACGUUGGAGUAUGUGGGUCAUAGUCUGAUGGAGAUUCAGCUUGAAGAAAAUCCAUGGAACUGCGUAUGUGAGAUUGUACAGCUCAAAACAUGGCUGGAGAGAAUACCGUACACAGCUCUCGUGGGUGAUAUCACAUGCGAGUAUCCAUUUCACUUUCAUGGAAAGGAUCUCCGCGAGAUCAAAAGGAGCGAGCUAUGUCCCCUGCUAUCUGAAGCUGAGAUAGAGGUAAAACUCAGCAUCCCGAGGCUACCUUUCAGUAAUGAGAACAUGUGGCCCACCAAACCCUCAUCCAUGUUGUCAUCUUUCCAUAACACUGCCUCCUCGGUGGAGUACAGAGAGAGAUAUGUUAAGCCAACAAAACGACCUAGACCUACGAAAACGCCACCAACUCCACGAAGCCUUUAUCCUGGUCCAAACCAACCUCCUGUACCUGGCUAUCAAACGAGACCACCUAUUCCCAUCAUCUGCCCAACAGGAUGUAUGUGUAAUUUACACAUCAAUGACUUGGGACUCACUGUAAAUUGCAAAGAUAAAGGCUUUCACAACAUCUCUGAGCUCUUGCCACGGCCACUAAAUGCCAGAAAACUCUAUCUGAGUGGGAACUUGAUUCAGAAAAUAUACAGGUCAGAUUUUUGGAAUUUCUCCAGUCUGGAUUUACUCCAUUUGGGUAACAAUCGGAUAUCAUAUGUUCAAGAAGGUGCCUUCAUCAACCUGCCGAAUUUGAAAAGUUUAUACUUGAAUGGUAAUGAUAUUGAAAGGUUGACUCCAGGAAUGUUCCGUGGUUUGCAGAUGCUCAGCUACCUUUAUUUAGAGUACAAUGUUAUUCGAGAUAUUCAACCAGCUGCUUUCAGCCUGAUGGCAAACCUGCAGCUGGUUUUUUUAAAUGACAACCUGCUGCGCACGCUUCCUGUCGAUGCUUUUGUUGGCACCUCCCUGUCUAGGCUGAAUCUACGCAACAACUAUUUUCUGUAUCUGCCUGUUAGUGGAGUGCUGGAGCACCUUGACUCCAUUGUACAGAUUGAUCUGCACCAGAACCCGUGGGAAUGUUCGUGUGACAUUGUUCCACUCAAGCAGUGGAUAGAGAAACUGAGCUCUGUCAUUGUGGUUGGAGAAGUAAUUUGCAAGACUCCAGAGUUUGCGUUUGGCAAGGACCUUCGCACCCUGGAACUCGAGCUUAUCUGCCCAGAAAUGAAAUUUUCCGCUGCUUCUCCUGGACUUGCUAAUGAUGUGACUUCCACCAGUGACUCUGGAUUAGGAUACACCCCUUCCACGGGAGCUGUACCACUUUCGGUUCUCAUCCUCAGUCUCUUGAUCUUGUUCAUCUCUGCUGUCUUUGUUGCUGCUGGCCUAUUUGCUUUUGUACUAAGGAGAAGGAAGAAACUCCCAUUCAAGAAGCGUCAGGAAGUGAUGGAUUUGACUGGGAUGCAGAUGCAGUGUCGGAUAUUUGAGGAACAGCAAACCUCACCUGAGAAACCUGCCUCCAGCCAUGUUUAUGAUUACAUCCCCCACCCUGUUACUCAGAUGUGCAACAAUCCCAUUUACAAACCACGUGAAGGGGAAAUAGAUGGAGAACGUUUUUCAGAGACAAAGGAAAACAGCAGUAAUUAUAGAACUCUGUUGGAGAAAGAGAAGGAGUGGACUAUGGCUGUGUCAAAUUCUCAACUUAACACCAUUGUCAGGGUCAAUCAGUCUGGAGAUGUGCCUGGAUUUCAUGAGAAUGGCAUGCUUUGCCCCACAGUGAUUGACAGCCAGAGACCAACUCCAACCGUGGGGUUUGUAGACUGCCUUUAUGGCACAAUUCCAAAAUUAAAGGACAUGCACAUCGCACAUGCACAUCCUCCAGGAAUGCAAUACCCCGACUUGCAGCAAGAUGCCAGAUUAAAAGAAACUCUACUUUUCACUGGGGGAAAGGAAUUUCCAGAGCAAAAUGAAUACCUCGAGUUAAGGGCCAAACUCCAAACCAAGCCGGAUUACCUCGAAGUCUUGGAGAAAUCAUAUAGGUUCUGAUGACAGAGAGACUGGCCGUCCCAGCAAAUUCAGCCCAAAAGCAGACCUCUGAUGCAAAAAGAAGUCCCCAAGAACCCCAAAAUUCAUCACAGGAUCUGCUAGUAAGUCUUGCAACUGUUGCUGUCAAAGUGCAUGCAUCUACAAUCAGAAAGAAAUUGCACAAAUUUGACCUGCAUGGGAGGCGUGCCAGGAAAAAGCCUUUGCAAGACUACAGUUUGCCAAUUAUCAUAUAGGCAAAGACUAGUAAGUAAGUAAGUAAGUAAGUAAGUAAUUUUUAUUUCUAUAGCACCUUUCUAGAACAGACCUCACAAAGUGAUUAAUAACCACAAUAUAAAAACAAGGAAGCAUAAAAAAACAAAGAAAGUAUAUUGUGAAACAUUAUUUUAAGAGCAUUGUAACAAGAUCACUAAUUCAAUCCAGUAGACUGUAAACAAUCAUUUACAUAUCUUUAAGAACAGAUGAGACUUUAUUAAAUGUUUGAAAUGAUUGAAAAAUUAAAUGAUAAAUGAUUUAAAAAGCUAAUUUUCCUUGUGGUUUUGUUCAAGUUGUGACAUCGGAUCGAAGGUACACGCCCAAAAGAGGAAGAACUUUCCUCGUACAACUGCCCCACAAGGAAAGGGAACUGUCCUUUCCGCACCCCUAGUAUUUUGGACAGUAUUAGAGCAUGGCUGAAAGGUGGGGCGGUCCAAAGCACACAUGAUUGGUGAUCGCUGAUUGCAGCAACGGCUCUCUACCAUCCAGGAGACAGGGGCAGAGUAUAAAAGGGCAUGCUGGGAGCAGCAAGGUGAGCAGUCUCCUUUAUAACAAAACGGCUUACUCCGUGUUUCUUUGUGAACUCUUUCAGAAGACUCCACUAAUAAGAACGCCAACACUCCCUGGUUACCCCUCACCACUGCCCGCUCUGUGGAUGAUUUUCUCGUACAUGGGAACCCUGCCAUGAUGGUGCACAGCUUUCUCUCCUCACGACAAUCUCAGCUGGAAAGAUGGAUCAUCAGGCCACCAUCAACUCACCUUGCAUUCCCUUCACUCCUCUCCUUCAUGAUGACCCUUUCUAUUUUGAUUGUGUACAUAUUGUAAAUAAAAUUGCACUAAGUCCCCUCCAAUCGCUUCUGUGUCUCCACUGUUAUAUGUAAGGAAAGUUCAGAUAUUUCAAUUAAAUAACUGUAUUCUCCACCAAAUAUGUACAGUAGGAGAGACUGGCAGAUCAGAUAGGAAGGGGAAAUUUGGAUAAUUUUCCAUACCUGAUUAACUAUUCAUCCAGCGAUAAGUUGAAAAUAGACCGGUACAUUUCCUGAAGAAAAUGUACGUGGUGCUUGAAGUGGA